UUCGCUUCCCCUCAGCCCCAUUCGUGGAAAGAAUUCAAACCCCCUCCUCUCUCCCCAUUCUUCUCUCCUCUCGGAACCCCGCGCUUCCCACCCGCCCUCCUCCGCCGCUUCGCGUCACCGUAACCCUCCUCCGCUGCUUUCGUCGCCGUUCUUUGGUUUUCUUUUGAUGGCUCCGGACCUCCCCUGCGACGGAGACGGCGUCUGCAUGGUUUGUCGCGCGCCGCCGCCAGAGGCCGAGGUGGUGAACUGCCACACGUGUACGACGCCAUGGCACGCGGGCUGCCUCUCCAAGCCGCUGGAGACGCUCGCGGCAGUCGCGGACUGGCAGUGCCCGGACUGCUCGCCGCUUGAGGAUGGCGGCGCUGCUUUGCCCGCUGCCGCCGCUUACGCAUCUGGCGAGAAGUCUGACCUGAUCUCCGCCGUCUGGGCGAUCGAGGCGGACGCCUCGUUGACUGAGCGGGAGAAAGCCAAGCGGCGGCAGGCUCUUGUGAGCGGCAAGAAGGUUGUGGAGGAGGAGGAAGAAGAAGAAGAAGAAGAGGAAGGGGGGAAGAAGAAGAAGAAGAAGAAAGCUGAGGGUGGAGAUGAUGUUCUUGAUUUGCUCGAUGAGAAGUUCAACUGCUCUUUUUGCUUGCAGUUGCCGGAGCGGCCGGUCACCACACCCUGUGGUCACAAUUUCUGCUUAAAAUGUUUCCAAAAGUGGGUUGGGCAGGGUAAACAUACAUGUGCAAAGUGCCGAUUUUCUAUCCCGCCUAAAAUGGUGUCCCAACCAAGAAUCAACUCAGCCCUUGUAGUGGCUAUUCGUAUGGCAAAGGCUGCAAAGUCAGCCACAUCUGGGGGCCAAACAAAUGUAUAUCAUUUCAUUCGAAAUGAAAGCAGACCUGAGAAGGCAUUUACUACUGAGAGGGCUAAGAAGGCUGGUAAAGCAAAUGCAUGCAGUGGCCAGAUAUUUGUUACUAUUGCUCCAGACCAUUUUGGUCCAAUACUUGCUGAGAAUGACCCAAAAAGAAACCUAGGUGUGUUGGUUGGAGAGAUGUGGGAGGACCGGAUGGAAUGCAGGCAAUGGGGUGCCCAUUUUCCUCAUGUAGCAGGAAUAGCUGGGCAGUCUGAUUAUGGUGCUCAGUCAGUUGCACUCUCAGGAGGAUACGAAGAUGAUGAAGAUCAUGGAGACUGGUUCCUUUAUACUGGCAGUGGUGGUCGUGACUUAAGUGGAAACAAACGCACGAACAAGGAGCAGGCCUUUGACCAGAAAUUUGAGAAACUUAAUGCAGCUUUAAGAGUUAGUUGCCUGAAAGGGUAUCCGGUUCGAGUUGUAAGGUCUCAUAAAGAGAAGCGCUCUUCAUAUGCUCCUGAAUCUGGCGUGCGAUAUGAUGGAAUAUACAGGAUUGAGAAAUGUUGGCAGAAAGUUGGGGUUCAAGGAUACAAGGUCUGCAGAUAUCUCUUUGUUCGCUGUGACAAUGAACCAGCACCCUGGACCAGUGAUGAACAUGGUGAUCAGCCCCACCCCUUGCCUUCUGUUAAAGAACUGAACAGUGCAACUGAUAUUACAGAGAGGAAGGAAAGCCCUGCAUGGGACUUUGAUGUAAAACAUGGCUGGAGAUGGGUGAAGUCUCCACCAACAAGCAGAAAGCCUGUGACGAGUAGUGAUACCGACGGGAAAAAAGGUGGUAGAAAAGCAGUAAGGCAUGCCCACAAAUUGUCCGUAAGGGAGAGGCUACUGAAAGAAUUCAGCUGUCUUCUUUGCCGAAAAGUUAUGACUCAACCACUGACGACUCCCUGUGGCCACAACUUCUGCAAAUCUUGCUUGCUUGAGGCAUUCACUGAUAAAUCCUUUGUGCGGGAAAGAAUUUGUGAAGGUGGUCGCACCCUCCGAGCUCAGAAAAUUGUUAAAAGAUGUCCUUCUUGCUCGACCGAUAUAUCUGACUUUCUAUGGAACCCCCAGGUUAACAGGGACCUAAUGGAUUUGAUCGAGUCACUCGAGGACAAAACUGAGGAAGAGAAGGUGGAGCAGCAAAUUGAGGAUGACACCAGCGAAGAGGGUUGUAGUAGUGCUAAUGACACAGAAGAGGCAGCUGAGGAAGCAACCGAGGUCCAAGACAUAAAGCUGAGCAAGGAAGAAUCCGAUAACCUGGAGAAUGGGAAGCUUGAUGCUGCCGAAGGUGACUCCCAAGUCAAUGUUCUUGGCGAGAAAGAUGGUGCAGAGGACACCAUAGACGCGACAAACUCUGAGCUCUCAUGCAAGCGAAAGAACCAUUUGGCGUGUAGACGUGGUGUCAAAAGGACAAGGAACAGCGAGAGCCAGUGAUUUGUGGAGGAUGUGGAGCUGAAGAAGCUAAAAGGUCAAGCAGCUUCUUUGCGCUGCCACCAACUUGACCAAUAGAAGUCUCUAUAGAUCCUUGUGCAGCAAAAUAAACGGUGGUUUUGUGCUGACCAUAUAUGGUUACCUAAUCAUUCAUUUGGAUCCUUUGUUGAUGUA